AUGGCGCUGACCGGAUGCGGCUGGCUCCUCCUCAGCGCCGUGUUCCUGAAUGUGGGUGCCGAGAUCACCAUCACCCCCGAGCCCGCCCAGCCGGCCCAGGGCGACAACGUCACGCUGGCCGUCCGGGGGCUGUCAGGGGAGGAGCUGGCCUACAGCUGGUACGCGGGGCCCACGCUCAGCCUGUCCUACCUGGUGGCCAGCUAUAUCGUGAGCACAGGCGAUGAGACGCCAGGCCCUGCCCACACGGGCCGGGAGGCCGUGCGUCCCGACGGCGGCCUGGACAUCCAGGGCGUGCUGCCCAGGCACACAGGCACCUACAUCCUGCAGACCCUCAACCGACAGCUGCAGACAGAGGUGGGCUACGGACACAUGCGGGUCUAUGAGAUCCUGGCCCAGCCCACCGUGGUGGCCAACAGCACGGAGCUGGUGGAACGACGGGACACCCUCCGCCUCGUGUGCAGCAGCCCUAGCCCGGCCGAAGUCCGCUGGUUCUUCAAUGGCGAAGCCCUGCCCAUAGCCCUGCGCCUCAGCCUGUCGCCCGACGGCAGGGUGCUGAGCCGGCACGGUGUCCGCCGGGAGGAGGCGGGAGCCUACCAGUGUGAGGUGUGGAAUCCAGUCAGUGUGAGCCGCAGUGAGCCCAUCAACCUGACCGUGUACUUUGGCCCGGAGCGCGUGGCCAUCCUGCAGGACUCCACCGCCCGCACAGGCUGCACCAUCAAAGUGGACUUCAACACAUCGCUCACGCUGUGGUGCGUGGCCCGCUCCUGCCCCGAGCCCGAGUACAUGUGGGCCCUCAACGGGCGGGCACUCAACGACGGCCGGGACCACCUCAACAUCAGCGCCAUGACAGCCGCCCACGAGGGUACCUACACCUGCAUCGCCAAGAACCCCAAGACCCUGCUGUCCGGCUCGGCCUCCGUAGUGGUCAGGCUCUCCGCGGCAGUCGUGGCCAUGAUGAUCGUGCCAGUACCCAGCAAACCAGCCGAGGGCCAGGAUGUGACACUCACGGUGCAGGGCUACCCCAAGGACCUGCUGGUCUAUGCCUGGUACCGUGGGGCCGCCUCGGAGCCCAACCGGCUGCUCAGCCAGCUGCCCUCGGGGAACUGGAUCUCCGGCCCUGCGCACACGGGCCGCGAGGUGGGCUUCGCCAACUGCUCGCUGCUGGUGCAGAAGCUGAACCUCACGGACGCCGGCCGCUACACGCUCAAGACCGUGACGCUGCAGGGCAAGACGGAUACCCUGGAGGUGGAGCUGCAGGUGGCCCACGCGCGCGCGCGCACGCCAUCUAGGGCACUUAGGUUCUCCAAGUCUCUGGCCAGCUGGGAUUCCCCGGGCACCCAGUCCGUGCACGCCCCGCUCCCACCGCCCCCAGACCCCAAGCUGCCCAGGUACACGGAAGAGGCAGAGGGAGAGUCCCCUCCCCCGCUGCGCGCCCCGCACCUGCCCGGGGCCAGGCCCUACCUCAGGUCCUGCAUCCACUAA